AUUAUAAAAAUUUAAACCAUAGAAUGACUUUUUUAAUUGUUGUAUUAGUUAUCUGAUAAAGCAAAUGAUAAAAUUGAAGUCCACAUAGUAUAUUUUUUUAAGUGUCAAAAUAAAUCCUUAUGGCAUUUUUACUUAAAUGUAUGUAAAUACAGGUAAUUCAUGGUGGUGAACUCCAUUGGCCUUUUGUCCUUAUCUUGGAUGACAGCAAGACAAAACAUACUAAUUUGAAAGAAAGGCAAAAUAUCCCUAAGAAGUCCUCCAAAAUAUCUAAUUUUGUUCCAACAUAAUUUACCAUAGAAAUAAUUAUCCACUGAUAUAGAAUAUUUUUGUAUACAAAGUGUACAACUAUAUUGUUUGAAUAGGAGUUUGUAUUCAAGAUUCUUCUGCCUGUUGGGUAGCUAUAGAGCUUUACAGAAGGUGAAAAAGGCUUAGCCAUACCCCAGUACUUAUUUUGUUUGUGUGGCUUUGUCCUAAAAUUUUCAUUAAGGAUGUAACCCUGUGUGAUAUGGCUCAAUUUAACAAACACUUCUGAGUGAAAAUAGCAUAAAUACCCUUUAAAAUUUACACAAUUUUGGUUGUUUUGUUAGAAUCUUUUGUUGCUGGGGUAAUGCACAUAUGCAAUUAUAAGUAAUAUAUUGAAUGACAACAUCUGAUUUUCUGUUCCAUAUUGUCAGAUUGUCUUAACAUAGGAAAUGAAACAGGCUGAGCUAUUGCUUUAAAAACUUCCAUAGAAUAGCUUGGUUUUAUUAAUCAUUACUGAAAAAUAUCAGUUGUACAAUUGCAAGCAAAUGAUAUGCUGAAAGAAACAAUGCUAAAUGUUUGUAUGUGAUUGGUCUUUUCUUUACCAUACUUAGGAAGCAGUCAUGUUUCAUGAUUUCCUCAAAACUGUGAGACAAGAGAAUGUAGUAGAGUGAGGCCAGAAGUCCUUACUGGUUCAAAGAACUCUGAGGAAACUUGUGAUAGAACAGUUUGCUUAUAAGUAGAGCCCCAGGAGCCAGAGGUGAAUGUAAUAUCUGCAGAGCCCUGCCGUAGGGCUGAUCUGGGUCUGGAAGAAAUGGAUGAGAGCUUCUGGAUGAAAUUCACUAAUACUAGACAUCUGAGUCCUCUAGUAAUGUAUAAACAUCCCAAUUGUUAGUCUGUCGUCAUUCAUUCUAUUUUUUACGUAUAUUUACCUGGACCUCAGUCUUGCAGUUUUGUUCUUUUGCUUGUUUUUAUCAUGUUCUGAUGGCUUGUCACCAUAACUGUGCCUCAUUUUCUGUUAUCUUGGCUUUACUUCCACCGGCCUCUUUUAUGUAUGAUUCUCACAGCAUCUAAGCAGUUUUGGGUAUUUCUUUUCUUUUGUAAUGAGCAUUGCAUACUGGUUGUAAGGCAUAUUUUCUAUUGUAUUUCUCCCAAAAUGACUGAUUUGGAGAUACAUGUGUUUAAACUCCUUUUCAAAUCAUUUAUUUUACAGAUAUUUGUGAAUGAACUUUGCUAAGGAUGGAUUCAGGUGGUGGAAGUCUUGGAUUGCACACUUCAGACGCUAGAAUGGCCCAUACCAUGAUUAUGCAGGAUUUUGUGGCUGGAAGGGUGGGGGUGGGGCACAUUGGAGACCAUAUUGUUGUUUCAGUUCCUGAAGCAGUAUUAGUUUCUGAUGUUGUCACAGAUGAUGGGAUAACUCUUGAUCAUGGCCUUGCAGCCGAAGUUGUUCAUGGGCCUGAUAUUAUUACAGAGACUGAUGUAGUAACAGAAGGUGUGAUUGUUCCUGAAGCUGUACUUGAAGCUGAUGUUGCCAUUGAAGAAGAAUUAGAGGAAGAUGACGGAGAUCAUAUCUUGACUUCUGAGCUAAUUACAGAAACUGUUAGGGUACCAGAGCAAUUCUUUAUGGCUGAUCUUGUUACUGGUCCUGAUGGACAUUUGGGACAUGUGGUUCAAGAUUGUGUUGCAGGUGUUGACUCUCCCACAAUGGUAUCAGAAGAAGUUCUUGUAACUAAUUCAGAUACAGAAACCGUGAUUCAAGCAGCUGGGGGUGUUCCUGCUUCUACUGUUACAAUAAAAACUGAAGAUGAUGAUGAUGAUGAUGUCAAGAGCACUUCUGAAGACUACUUAAUGAUAUCUUUGGAUGAUGUGGGAGAGAAGUUAGAGCAUAUGGGGAACACACCAUUAAAAAUCGGUAGUGAUGGCUCACAAGAAGAUGUUAAAGAAGAUGGAUUUGGUUCAGAAGUGAUAAAAGUGUAUAUCUUUAAAGCAGAGGCUGAAGAUGAUGUUGAAAUAGGUGGGACAGAAAUUGUCACAGAGAGUGAAUAUACCAGUGGGCAUCCUGUAGCUGGAGUGCUUGACCAGAGCCGGAUGCAGCGAGAGAAAAUGGUUUACAUGGCAGUUAAAGAUUCUUCCCAAGAAGAGGAUGAUAUCAGUUAUGCUGAAAUGUCAAAUGACGUGUGCAUGGAAAUCAUUAUAGGGGAAGAGGAAGGAACACUCCUUGAGAAUCAGCUUGAGAACUCUGAUGUUAAUAAAACAGGUUUCCCUGUUGUCUAUCCUGCAUCAUAUGAUGAAAGAAGAGUUUCCCGAAGAUAUGAAGACUGUCAAGCAACAGGAAACACUUUUGACUCGGCAUUAGAAAACAGAAGCACCACAGCAGCACAGUUCCUUCAAAUUUGUGAUAGCAUUAACACAAAUAAAGUACUUAAACAAAAAAUCAAGAAGAGGAGAAGGGGAGAAACAAGGCAGUGGCAAACAGCUGUUAUAAUAGGCCCUGAUGGACAGCCCUUGACAGUGUACCCUUGCCAUAUUUGCACAAAAAAGUUUAAAUCCAGGGGAUUCUUAAAAAGACACAUGAAGAAUCAUCCUGAUCAUUUGAUGAGAAAGAAAUAUCAGUGUACAGAUUGUGACUUUACAACUAACAAGAAAGUGAGUUUCCAUAACCACUUAGAAAGCCAUAAGCUCAUAAACAAAGUUGAUAAAACCCAUGAAUUUACAGAAUACACUAGAAGAUACAGAGAAGCUAGUCCACUGAGUUCAAAUAAACUUAUCUUAAGAGACAAGGAGCCGAAGAUGCACAAGUGCAAGUACUGUGAUUAUGAAACUGCCGAACAAGGACUGUUAAACAGACAUUUGCUGGCUGUUCACAGCAAGAAUUUUCCUCAUGUUUGUGUUGAGUGUGGAAAGGGUUUUCGUCAUCCUUCAGAACUCAAGAAACAUAUGAGAACCCAUACCGGUGAGAAGCCAUAUCAGUGUCAGUAUUGUGUCUUCAGGUGUGCAGAUCAAUCAAAUCUGAAAACUCACAUUAAGUCUAAGCAUGGUAGCAACCUGCCAUAUAAAUGUGAGCAUUGUCCUCAAGCAUUUGGUGAUGAGAGAGAGCUUCAGCGCCAUCUGGAUUUGUUUCAAGGACAUAAAACACACCAAUGUCCUCAUUGUGAUCAUAAGAGCACCAACUCAAGUGACCUUAAGCGGCACAUCAUAUCUGUCCAUACUAAGGACUUUCCUCACAAAUGUGAAGUCUGUGAUAAAGGUUUCCAUCGUCCUUCGGAGCUUAAAAAACAUAGUGAUAUUCAUAAGGGUAGGAAGAUCCAUCAGUGUAGGCAUUGUGACUUUAAAACAUCAGAUCCAUUUAUUCUUAGUGGUCAUAUUCUUUCAGUUCAUACAAAGGAUCAGUCAUUGAAGUGUAAACGGUGCAAGCGAGGGUUCAGACAACAGAGUGAGCUCAAAAAGCACAUGAAGACGCAUACCGGUAGGAAGAUUUACCAAUGUGAAUAUUGUGAAUACAGCACCACAGAUGCAUCUGGCUUUAAACGACAUGUGAUUUCAAUACAUACAAAAGACUAUCCACACAGGUGUGAAUUCUGCAAGAAGGGAUUCCGGAGGCCAUCAGAAAAAAAUCAGCAUAUAAUGAGGCACCACAAGGAGACUCUUAUAUAGGAAGAUCAAUAUAAGGAAAGGAGUUAUUUACAAAAUAAGAUAUGCUAUUUGGGAGGAGAACCUCACUGUUUUAUCUGGUUUCAAAGCGUGAUAUUAAGUCAUACCUUUACAUUCUUUGUAUUAAAGAUCUUAAAAACGAUUGGGAUUAGAAGGGGAGUCUCAUAGCCCUUUGAAAACUACUUAAAGAGUUCAACAAACACCAUAGGAGGGUUGCAGAGGAACUUAACUGUUUAUUAACAGUAUUAUGUGCAUAACUAAACUACAGAGAGGGAAAAGUUAAGACACCUUAUUUGAUUGGUCAUACUAGAGGUGAGUGUUUCUGAAAGGAGAAUAUAUAACUGAUUUAGAAAUGCUUUGCUGUACCAAGCAGCCUCACUUUUAUGCAAUUUUAGAAAUGGGGUGGGGAAAGAAAAUGCAGUCAUCCAUCAGUCACUUAGUCAUUGAACCUUUUAUAUUGUACCUGGACAUUGGAUUCCAGAAAUGGCAAAAGUUUUGUGUAUUCGUUACAAGGAAUCUCAUUGAGAAAACAAGUUAUAUUAAUUCAGUACUAGUAAAAUAAAAAGCACUUCAGAGUUGCUGAUAUUUUAUCACAGGAUACAAUGUUUAAGACAUACAUUCUGUGCUGAAAUCUGAAGUGAAAUAUAUGAAAUAAGGUUCCAGUUUUGAUGUUCAAGUAGAUUCAGUAUGGCAUAUAUGAUAAAAAUGUAUUUGAGUCAAAUGUGGCUUUCUAAAAUGGAUGCAACUAUAACAUUACAAAGUCAGAACUAUGUUUCUUAUUAUCUAAAUAUUAAAUUGAGAGAACAGUUUUCUUAACUAUUAAAAUAUUUAGAAUUUUUAGGACAGUUUUAGUAAGUAUGACUGUUCAAGUCUUACUUGCUCUAAUGUUUAAAGGUGCAAUUUUAUGCCAUUAUUGAAAAGUUUGAUUUUUAAAAUCUAUAUACCAUAUUCUUAACAUAAAUUUUCAAUGAGGCGGUAUUUAUGCAGUAUUUAACAGAACUAUAUGCUGCCAAUAGGGUUUGGAGGUGGAUAUUCAGUUUACAGUGUAUAAAUUUAAAAUAUGCAUCCCUUUAACAACGCUUUGUGUUAGCAUGCUGCAAAUCAAAAUGGCGCUUAAUAUUAAAAGCUGGUGUAGGGAAUUUUAAUGAAAAUCCUGUUCAUAAAUGUAAUGGAUAUGAUGUGUACUUUUAAGUUUUAGUUGGCUUAAUUUAGUUUAUAUUCAGCUGUUCAGCAUAAUUAAAAUGUAAUUUUUCUUCAUGCUAUAUUGUGGCUUUGUGUUUUAAGUAAUAUUCACCUUUCUGUUUUUGCACCAGAUAAGAAUCAGUUACUUGAAAAUAAAUUUUUUAUCUUUCUUAACUUGAGAAUACUAAAUUUGGAAAAUCUACUAAACUUGUGUGUUAUGUGGCUGUAAAUGAUGUACACGCUGUAAAAUAAGAUUGUUACUGUUAUGUGGACUUAUUAUUUCUAAAUGUUACUCAUUGAAAUGAGCAUAAAAUAAAAAGCAUUUAUUGCA